AUGCAGGAUGCCAUGGAUAUUCGAAAGUGGCUAGACGAGAUAGUCCGACCGGAAACACAGCGCGAGCCGGUUAGACAUCAACGGCCUGUAGAGUCCACUAAACGGAAACGUCGAUGCAAAUCAGAUAGCUCAAUCCUAGAUCCCCGUCCGCCUGCAUCUCCUCCGCACGAGUCAGUGGAUGAUAGUGCAGGCGAGGCCUUCCGGGCGAUGUGCAGUGAUAGCUCUAGCAGCAGCCGGUAUGCGCGCAAACCUCGAAGAAAAACGCGCCCUGAGCGAUAUGAACCAGCCCCCUAUGCACGUCGCGACCCCAAGGACGAAUCAAAGACGACGAGGCGCAAGCCUCGACGUAAGAAGGGCAAGAAGCUACCUGCUGUCAUCCGGACCCUCGAGGCCAAAAAUGUGCCCAGAGAUCGGCUGACUUUGAAGCCGCGAGAGCAGCUAGGAAUCUUCAACAAGGGACGGACGUCUACCGCUUUCAAGGGUCGCGGAUGUGAGUGGCCCGUCUUCGCUCCUGUGGCAUGGCUGAUAUGGUAUCUUGGAACCCUUUCCCACAUUCUCCGGCUGACAUGUCGCAGUGCCCGAUCUAGUCUUCUCCGAGAUGAAGUUCUUACAGAAACAAAGGGACGAACCAGAGGUCGUAGUACGUCCUAA